AUGAAUUUCGGAAACCAAACGCCAACUAUUGUGGUUCUCAAAGAGGGUACAGAUUCUUCUCAGGGAAGGGGCCAGAUCAUAUCAAACAUAAAUGCGUGCAUCGCAAUCCAAGAGGCAUUAAAGCCAACUUUAGGCCCUCUGGGCUCGGAUAUAUUGAUCGUCAAUUCUAGCAAGAAGACGACAAUUUCCAACGAUGGUGCCACCAUAUUGAAACUGUUGGAUGUUGUACAUCCAGCAGCUAAGACAUUAGUUGAUAUUUCGAGAGCACAAGAUGCUGAAGUCGGUGAUGGUACUACAAGUGUUACGAUAAUAGCAGGUGAGUUGAUGAAAGAAGCCAAACCUUUCCUGGAAGAAGGUAUCUCGCCUCACAUUAUAAUGAAAGGCUACAAAAAAGCUGUUACGUUAGCUACCGCAAAGAUUCAAGAGAUCUGCGUCGAUAUUUCCGAUAAAGAGAGCGAAAGCAGAGAGCUACUGGAGCGUUGCGCAAAAACAGCAAUGACUUCAAAGCUUAUUUAUAAAAAUGCAGACUUUUUUGUCAAGAUGUGUGUUGAUGCCGUGCUAUCGCUAGAUAGAGAUGAUCUAGAUGACAAAUUGAUUGGGAUAAAAAAGAUUCCAGGUGGAUCUAUGGAGGAAUCGAUGUUCAUCAAUGGUGUUGCUUUCAAAAAGACGUUCUCAUAUGCAGGUUUUGAGCAACAACCGAAAAAGUUUCAACACCCAAAAAUUCUUUGUUUGAACAUGGAAUUGGAACUGAAGGCUGAAAAGGAUAAUGCAGAGGUUCGUGUUGAGCACGUUGAAGAUUAUCAAGCUAUUGUGGACGCAGAAUGGCAGCUAAUUCUGAAUAAAUUAAAACAAAUUGAGGAAACGGGAUCCAACAUUGUUCUUUCAAAAUUGCCAAUCGGAGAUCUAGCAACACAAUAUUUUGCGGACAGAAAUAUUUUCUGUGCAGGUAGAGUGGGCGCUGCUGAUCUGGACUGUGUGAUUCUAGCUGUCGGUGGCUCUAUACAAUCCACUACAACAGAUAUCCGCCCUGAGUAUUUGGGAACUUGCGACAUCUUUGAGGAGAUCCAAAUUGGUUCAGAGCGUUAUAACAUAUUCCACGGUUGCCCAAAGGCCAAAACAUGUACCUUACUACUUAGAGGAGGUGCUGAUCAAGUAAUUGCCGAAGUUGAAAGAUCGUUACAUGAUGCGAUUAUGAUCGUCAAGAGAGCUCUGCAAAAUAAGCUUAUUGUUGCUGGCGGCGGUGCAGUAGAAAUGGAACUAUCUAGAUAUUUGAGAGACUAUUCAAAAACUAUUGCAGGGAAACAGCAACUAGUGAUCAAUGCUUUUGCUAAAGCGCUGGAGGUUAUUCCAAGACAACUAUGUGAAAAUGCUGGUUUUGAUGCUAUAGAGAUUCUGAAUAGAUUAAGAAUGGCUCACAGCAAGGGUGAAAAAUGGUACGGUGUUGACUUUGAAACCGAAAAUGUCGGUGAUAAUUUCGUGAAAUUUGUAUGGGAACCUGCUCUAGUUAAGAUCAACGCUUUGAAUAGUGCUACUGAGGCUGUAAACUUGAUUCUUUCGGUUGACGAAACAAUUACAAACCAAGAAAGUCAACCAGCCAAUGCCGGUAUGGCCCCACCCCCUGGUGCUGGUAGAGGAAGAGGUCUACCUAUGCAUUAA